AUGUCAGUGCCAAAAGCGGUAACCCCGAGCUACACUCGGGCUUACCAUGCGGCGCUGCAUAGGGAUUCCCUGCAGAGCUUACCUUGUCCUGCGCUCCCGCGAUGUGUCCCCUGCAGCGUCCCCGGCCAUCUCCUCCGGCCAAUGCCAGCAUCCGACUUCUGUGUUCCGGUCCCUGUGACGUCGGGACAUACGGGUGCCAGCGGCGGGAAAUUUGAAAAUUUUAAAAAACGUCAUUUUUUUCAAAACACAUUUUUCAUAUGCUUUGUCCUGUGCCCUGCCUGCAUUUUGUCUGUUCUUUCU